AUGUUGUCAUUUGCUACUAAAGUUUACAUUAAACAAUCACCAUGUCUAGUCAGAUUUUAUGCAAUCACUCAUCAAAAAACCAAAGUUGUUCAAACUACAGAUGAAGCUCUUCAAGGAGUUGGUUCAAAUAUUGUUUUAUUAUCUGGUGGGUUUGGUUUAAGUGGUGUACCAGAUACUGUUAUAAAUGCAAUGGUUAAUAAACCGGAAAUUAAAAAUGUAACGGCAGUUUCAAAUAAUGCUGGUUUAGAUGGAAGAGGUUUAUCACAAUUAUUAGUUACUGGUCAAAUUACAAAAAUGAUAAGUUCAUAUAUUGGAGGAAAUAGAACUUUUGAAAAAUUAUAUCUUACUGGUCAAAUAGAUUUAGAAUUAACUCCUCAAGGAAAUUUAGCAGAAAGAGUUAGAGCUGGAGCUGCAGGUAUUCCUGGUUUCUAUUCUCCAACCGGUGUUGGAACUUGGUUAGAAGAAGGAAAAUUACCAGUUAGAUAUGAUUCAACAGGUGAAAAAGUUUUAAAAACAAGUGAACCAAGAGAAGUUAGAGAAUUUAAUGGUAAGAAAUAUUUAUUAGAACCAGCUAUUUUUGGUGAUGUUGCAGUUAUAAAAGCUUUUAAAGCUGAUACUUUGGGUAAUUGUUGGUUUAGAGGAGCUGCUAGAAAUUUUAAUUCAGUUAUGGGUAGAAAUGCAAAAUUAACUAUUGUUGAAGCUGAAAAUAUUGUUGAACCUGGUGAUAUUGAACCUGAAGAUGUUCAUUUACCUUCAAUAUAUGUUGAUAGAGUUAUUAAAUCUACUACUCCAAAAGAUAUUGAAAUUUAUAAACAUACAGAAGAUGACAAUACAUCUGAUUCGUCUUUAGAAAAUCCAAAAUCUGAUGCUGAAUUAAAAAGAGCUAAAAUUGUACGUAGAGCAGCACAAGAAUUCACAGACGGAUCAUUUGCAAAUUUAGGUAUUGGUAUGCCAACAUUAGCUCCUAAUUAUUUACCAAAGGGAAUUUCAGUAACUUUACAAUCAGAAAAUGGUAUAUUAGGAUUAGGACCAUAUCCUAAAAAGGGUGAAGAAGAUGCUGAUUUAAUUAAUGCAGGUAAAGAAACAGUUACAUUAGCUCCAGGUGCUUCAUUAUUUGGAUCAGAAGAAUCUUUCGGUAUGAUAAGAAGUGGUAAAAUUGAUUUAACUAUUUUGGGUGGUUUACAAGUUGCAGCAAAUGGUGAUUUAGCUAAUUGGGGAUUACCAGGAAGAGUUAAAGGAAUGGGAGGAGCAAUGGAUUUAGUAUCAAAUCCUCAGAAUACAAGAGUUGUUGUCGUAAUGGAACAUGUUGAUAAAAAGGGUAGACCAAAGAUAUUAGAACAAUGUCAAUUCCCAUUAACUGGUCAAAAAUGUGUUUCUAGAAUUAUAACCGAUUUGGCUGUUUUUGACAUUAUAGAUGAAAAAUUAGUAUUAAUUGAAAUUGAUCCAAGUAGUAGUAUUGAAGAAAUAAAAGCUAAAACUGGUGCUAAAUUUGAAAUUUCACCAAAUUUGAAAACUAUAGAUAUAUAA